UCGAUCUAAAAUAACUCAUUUCUAAAUAUGUAUUAUAAAUUACGAGUAUGUGCGCAUACAAUCUAAAUCAAAAUCGUGUUUUUUAAUACCACAGUGCUAGCAAGCUAGCCAGAAACAGAGGUCAGUGUUUAAGGAACGAACCCCUGUUUAAUCUCUGGCCAGUUAGCAAGGCUGACGCUCACGAUACAACACGCUGUAGCGUUUCACAUUCUCAGUAAAGUCACGAUGACUCGGGCGGAAAAGGUUAGCAAAGCACAGAACCGUUUGUGAGAUCAGCUACAAAAACACCAGAUAACCUUGGCUUUUCGGGUUUUAACACAUCAAAGUAAACCGGCUUUGGAAGGCAUAAUCGUCGUGGCAUGGCAGAUAGUAGUCGAAUUAAACAUGGGAACUCCGGCGCAGACAGUCCGGGCGAGAGCCCUCUUUCUGGGCGGAAGAAGGCACAGCAGUCCCCGGGUUCUCGAACCAAGUACCAGGUCGGGGCUCCGGGACACGGCUUCAGGAAAGUAACUCUAACCAAGCCGACGUUCUGCCAUCACUGUAGCGAUUUCAUAUGGGGACUUGUCGGCUUCCUUUGUGAAGUGUGUAACUUCAUGUCCCAUGAGAAGUGUCUGAAGCACGUCAAGACCGUGUGCUCCUGCAUGGCGCCGACGCUGGUGCGGGUCCCGGUGGCCCACUGCUUCGGCCCGGCCGGACACAAGAAGAGGUUCUGCUGCGUGUGCCGCAAGCACCUGGAGGGCAGCCACGCCCUGCGAUGUGAAGUGUGUGAGCUGCACGUCCAUGCCGACUGCGCCCCCUUCAGCUGCAGCGACUGCAGGCUCUGUCACCAGGACGGUAACCAGGACUACGACACGUACCACCACCACUGGCGGGAGGGGAACAUGUCGUCGGGGGCGCGCUGUGAGGUGUGCCGGCGCACCUGCGGCUCGUCCGAGGUCCUCUCAGGCAUGAGGUGCGAGUGGUGCGGCAUCACGGCGCACGCCUCCUGCUACGUGAUCGUGACCCCGGAAUGCAGCCUGGGACGCCUGCGGAACACGAUCCUGCCCCCGAGCUGUGUCCGGCUCUGCUCCCGCAACUUCAGCAAACUGCACUGCUUCCGCAUCUCCGAGAGCUCCCAGAGCGAGCUGGAUAACUCCGACGAUGUCGACACCCCGAGUCCGGCGACUACGAAGGAGAACCAGUCCUCGUCAUCGCCAGACUCAGGGAAACAGACCCUCAAGGUGUUCGACGGGGAUGACGCGGUCAAGCGCAACCAGUUCCGCCUGGUCUCCAUCCCCCGAAUCACCAAGAACGAAGAAGUAGUGGAAGCUGCUCUGAGGGCUUUCUACAUCCCAGACGAGCCUCAGGACUAUGAGCUGCAGGUAUACGGCCAGCAGGCCCUGCUCAGCGAUGACAUCAUCAACCGCAACGGUGCCCCUGACAACAAGCCCGACAACAAGUCCGUGUUCAGGGAGAGCAUUCCUGAGGCCUGGAUCCUGAGAGCCAAGCCCAGGGACUCUGAGGUGCUCAAGAUCUACCCGGGCUGGCUCAAGCUGGGCGUGGCCUACAUCUCCAUCUCCGUCUCCAAGGGCAGCACGGUGGACUCCGUCGUCCAGGAGGUCCUGACACAGCUGGGCAAGCAGGGUGAAAGCCCCUCUGGGUACAGCCUGGUGGAGGUGUUCAUGGGCAGUAAACAAGUUCAGCGCCAGGUGCUGUCGGGCCAGGAAAUCAUGCUGGACAAGCUGCAGGAGAUCAGGAAGACGUCUCUGAGGCAGAUGAACCAGACGCGCCUGUACAUGACGGAGCGCAGGAACAGCGUGGUGCGGGUGACCCUGCUGGUGGGGGGGCUGCCUGCGCAGCUGAGCAAGGAGGAAUACACAGACCUGCUGCAGGAGCACCUGGCCACCAAGGGUCACCUGGUCACCGUCACUCACGUUUACGCCGGACAAGGUGCGGUGGUGCUGGAGAUCUCCUGCUUCUCGGAGGCGGAGCGGAUCUACAUGCUGGCCAAAGACACGGCUGUCAGUGGGAAGCCGCUCUAUUCACUGGUGAUCCCUGAGAUCAUGCACAGGAAGCUGCCACGGGGCUGCUGUCCCCUCCUGGUAUUCGUCAACCCCAAGAGCGGGGGCCUAAAAGGGCGCGAGAUCCUCUCCAGCUUCCGGAAGCUUCUGAACCCGCAUCAGGUGUUUGAGCUAACCAGCGGCGGGCCUCUACCAGGAUUGCACACAUUCCGGGAGGUGCCCCACUUCCGGAUCCUGGUGUGUGGAGGUGACGGGACAGUGGGAUGGGUGCUCGGGGUGCUGGAGGAGGUGCGACACAAGCUGGCCUGUCCCGAGCCAGCCAUCGGCAUCAUCCCCCUGGGAACAGGUAACGACCUGGCGAGGGUGCUGCGCUGGGGGGCGGGGUACAGCGGGGAGGACCCCUAUAACAUCCUGCUGUCGGUGGAUGAGGCAGAGGAGGUGCUGAUGGACCGCUGGACCAUCCUGCUGGACGCCCAGGAGGUUCUGGAGGACGGCAAGGAGAACGGCAUCCUGGAGCCUCCCAAGAUCGUGCAGAUGAGCAACUACUGUGGCCUGGGGAUCGACGCCGAGCUCAGCCUGGACUUCCACCACGCCCGCGAGGAGGAGCCCGGCAAAUUCAACAGCAGGUUUCACAACAAGGGCGUGUACGUGAAGGUAGGCCUGCAGAAGCUGAGCCACACCCGCAACCUGCACAAAGACCUGAAGCUGCAGGUGGACAAGCAGGAAGUGGAGCUGCCCAACAUCGAGGGACUCAUCUUCCUCAACAUCCCCAGCUGGGGUUCUGGGGCUGACUUGUGGGGGUCGGACAGUGACUCGCGCUUCGGGAAGCCCCGUAUUGAUGACGGCAUGUUGGAGGUGGUGGGGGUGACUGGCGUGGUGCACAUGGGCCAGGUGCAGAGUGGAUUGCGCUCUGGGAUCCGUAUCGCCCAGGGGAACUACAUCCGUAUCACGGUGAUGAAGCCCAUCCCAGUGCAGGUGGACGGGGAGCCCUGGAUCCAGGCCCCUGGGCAGAUCAUCAUCUCUGCAGCCGGGCCAAAGGUGCGCAUGCUGAGGAAGUCAAAGAGCAAGCAGAAGAAGCAGUCGGGGAGCUUAAAGGAGACGAGGACAGAGACUCCGGUGCCUAGCAACGGGGGACAAUGACCUCCCUAGCCUACCCCAUUACCCCCCGCUCUCAUUACCGGGAGACCCAAAACUCACCCUCAUGGGCAGAAGAGACGAGAUGGAGGGCUACCACGAGAAGGCCCGCUCUUCAGACGACCAUCACUGUUAAUACUGAGUGUUCCUGUAGUAGCAGACACACUGAAGGGGAGUUAAUCCCCCUGAUAUUCUAUGUGUUCCUGUAUGGGACGGCCUGUUCCUGCUAGGCCUUGGCCCAGUUGAAGUCUGUAGGUAAGAGGUAGGAUCCUGAACACGUGUGUGUUUUGUUUAGCUUUCUCACAUACUUGAACUUCCAUUUGCCGUCGCAUUGCGGUUUAGGCUUCAUUUUUACAACAGGUGUGUUCACAAAUAUGAGAACAAAUGAGCAAUCUUACACAUGCUGGCUGGAGGUGGAACCACUUCUCUUUGCUUUGAUUGUUAUCGUUUAGGUAUUAUUGAUAAGUGCUCAGACUCCUCCUUGCUUCAGAAACAGGAAGGAUAUGUGAGCAUUCUCACAAUGUCAGUGGAUGAAGACAUAGCUCCACGGGAGAAAAUAAUUCUUGUUUUUUUUUUACCAGUGUGUAUUGAAGUUGCUCUUGUAAGAAGUGCACAAAAAAUAGGUCUGUCUAU